AAUUAUCACUAUUCUUUUCACGUUAAUUUUACCUAUUUACAAAAAAACCCUCAAUCUCUGUUUUCUGUUGGUGACAAAGCUCAGGUCACAUUAUUAGCAUUUAAUGGUACAGUUACAUUCGUACAAGGUGGCCAACAAAACGACACAUAUACUUACACCAUUGCUGGGGUAAUCAAAAAAGACAUCAAUGAAAAUACUCCUAAUAAUUACUUUAUGGCAAUCGAUAAGUUUAAUGUAUCAUUUUCCGAACUUAAUAUAACCAUUAACCCACCUGAAGCCGUAUUAUUUGAUUUUGGAUUUAUUCUACCUAUAAUUGGUGAAGAUUUUACUAUUCUUAAAG